UCAACACUCACCUCAGAAAUCUCAAAUCGCGGUAAUAUAUUCUUCAAGCUUUGUUAAACCAAUUUCCCCGAAUGGCUCGCACCAAGCAAACCGCCAGAAAAUCCACCGGAGGCAAGGCACCAAGGAAGCAACUUGCCACCAAAGCCGCCCGGAAGUCAGCUCCGGCCACCGGCGGAGUGAAGAAGCCCCACCGUUUCCGCCCUGGAACCGUCGCACUUCGUGAAAUCCGUAAGUACCAAAAGAGCACUGAGCUUUUGAUCCGCAAACUUCCGUUUCAACGGUUGGUUCGUGAAAUCGCACAAGAUUUCAAGACCGAUCUGAGGUUCCAGAGCAGCGCCGUGGCUGCGCUGCAAGAAGCGGCGGAAGCCUACUUGGUUGGUCUGUUUGAAGAUACGAAUCUUUGUGCGAUUCAUGCGAAGAGAGUUACGAUUAUGCCUAAGGACAUUCAAUUGGCUAGGAGGAUUAGAGGGGAAAGGGCUUGAAGACGUGGUUUUACUUAAUUUGGUAGUUCUUUUCUGAUCUUUUUGAGGUUGAUUUUGUGUUUAGGGUUUUAGAUCAUUGCAGAUUUAGUGUAUAUUGAAUCUUGAUUCUGAUUACUCAAUGAAUCUCUGUUUUCGCUUUAGACC